AUCAUGGAUAAUCUGAUCGCUGAUGUGUCAGACAUCGAUUUUGUGAUCGAGACACAACUGGAUAAACAGAUUGGUCUUGGUUGUCUCCCGUUCUCAAAUAUGAACAAGUCCGGAGCCGGUGUGUGCAAAUUCUUCAUUAUAAACCAGUGCACAUUGAGUAACUUGUGUCCUUUACGGCACAUUAAGGCGGACCGUACGGUGGUUUGUAAGCACUGGCUCCGUGGUCUGUGUAAAAAGGGUGAUGACUGUGAAUUUCUGCAUGAAUAUGAUAUGACGAAAAUGCCGGAAUGUUACUUUUUCUCCAAGUUUGGCGAAUGCAUGAAUAAAGAAUGUCCCUUCCUACAUAUUGAUCCUGCAUCGAAAGUGCAGGAUUGCCCAUGGUAUGAUCGCGGUUUCUGUCGGAAUGGUCCCAUGUGCCGCAACCGGCAUGUCCGCCGAGUUGCCUGUAAAAACUAUAUUAACGGCCUGUGCUUGUUGGGAAAGAAUUGUAAAUACGCUCAUCCUAUCUGGUGGCCUCUCCCAGGAAGCGAUCAGGACUCACAAAAGAAUCGGUGGAUUUGUCAUUACUGCAGCGAACGUGGGCACAAAAUUCAGUUUUGUUUAAAGUUGCCUCCCGAGGAGCGCUUACGUCUCCAGGAGCAACAGCGUGCUCAGAACAUGGGAAAUGCAGUUGGUGGUGCAGGUGCUGGACAGGCGGGACAGGCAUUGGGUGGCAGAUUCCAAUCCGAACGUCUCAAAUACGGUGGCCUUAUGAAUUUCACACAGACGGCGACUGCUGCCACCGGCCCACGACAAGGGCCACAAAAACCGCUAGACGAAGUAACUUGCUUCAAGUGUGGUGAGAAAGGUCACUACGCUAACCGGUGCAACAAGGGCUAUUUGGCAUUUUUGUCGAAAGUGUCCCUGCAACAAAAUGACGGAGACGGUGCUCGAGGAUAAAAAUAUUCCUUGAUGCUCUUGUAGACUUUGUACAAAGUACCCAGUAAUCCAUGCUUCCAAGCUGUGUUUUUAUCCGAUUCACCUAUUUAUUGAGUAAAUAUUGUU